CCCUACUCUAAUUUCACCAACAAAAACAACUCUUACCAAUCCUCCCUCCCAACUCCAACUCCUUUCUUCCCUUCUCCUCCUCCAAAAUGGCCAUCUUCAGCUUCCCUCUCCUCUCUUCCCUCAUCUUCGCUCUCCUCACAUUUUGCCUACCUAGCACCCUUGGUGACUCCUACAACUGGCAAGGUGGCCAUGCCACAUUCUACGGUGGAGGCGACGCGUCGGGCACAAUGGGUGGAGCUUGCGGCUAUGGAAAUUUGUAUAGCCAGGGCUAUGGGACCAACACUGCAGCCCUUAGCACUGCCCUGUUCAACAAUGGCUUAAGUUGCGGGUCGUGCUACGAAAUGAAGUGCAACGAUGACCCGAAGUGGUGCCUUCCCGGGACGAUCACGGUCACCGCAACCAACUUCUGCCCACCCAACUUCGCCCAAGCGAACGACAACGGUGGAUGGUGCAACCCACCCCUCCAGCACUUUGAUCUUGCAGAGCCCGCCUUCUUGCAAAUCGCUCAAUACCGUGCUGGGAUUGUUCCGGUUUCAUUUCGAAGGGUCCCAUGUGUGAAGAAAGGUGGUGUGAGGUUCACAAUCAACGGUCACUCUUACUUCAACUUGGUCCUGAUCACCAACGUUGCAGGCGCAGGAGACGUCCAUUCAGUGUCCAUCAAGGGAUCCAAGACGGGCUGGCAGUCUAUGUCGAGGAACUGGGGCCAGAACUGGCAGAGCAACUCCUACCUCAACGGUCAGAGUCUCUCCUUCCAGGUGACCACAAGCGACGGCCGAACCAUCACCAGCUACAACGUGGCACCAUCUGGCUGGCAGUUUGGGCAGACGUUCGAAGGGGGCCAGUUUUAGGCGAUCGAACGGUGCAGAUCAAGAAAUCUGUACACGUAUCUCCUUCUUACACGUGUGAGAAAGUGAGUGGGCCGGUGAUGCUGAGGUGGACUGAUAACACCCGCUUGGCCUUUUAGUAUAUAAAAGCUUAUGAGAUAGUUACCAUUUUAUUAAAAUACUCGAUUGCCUUAUUAUGUGCGGGCCAUAUCAUUUGGUGGUCCCUCUUUUGUAUGCUGGGCUUAUACUUAUAUGCAAUUCAAAAUCUAUAUUACUAUUUUGUCUUUGAAAUGAAA